AUGUCAUCGUUCGAACUGGGCUUGAACCAGUCUGUUGUGUUGACUGACCAUCCCUCUACCAACUGCCGUGUAGCUACCAGCCCUGAAGAGAGUGAAUCAUACCGAUUCACCUGGGAUUGCUUUACCAGUCCCCAAAGUUCCCAGGAGGACAAUUGGUGGCAAACACUAAACAAAAUCGCGAGCAUACCCACACAGGCAAAAGCGCACCUGGCCAUCCACCACAAUAAAAGGGGAAGACAGCAUUCUAAUCAUCCACCGUACAGUCACAGUGAGACAGACACUGAAUUAGAAACAGGUUUUCAAUCCCCGCGCACGCGGGCGCAAGCUGUGCAGAUUAAAAAAAAUCACCAGGCAGCAAAGGCCCUCGAACGAGGGCCUUUUAUUUCUGUAUCCAUUGCAGCCAGCCACCUGCCACCAAACCACGCUAGCAGCAAUCACGCCAACGACACUGGGACGACAGUCGCAUAAAGCAAUAGUGAUCGUCGACCGCCCUGACCGAGCGUCUUGUAUUCUCGUUGUGAGAUACAAAAUUCUAAUUGGAAUUGUGCGUCAACGACGCGAGCAUGUGUUGAAGCGAA